UGUGAAAUCCCCAUCUAUUAAUGAUAUUAAGUUAAAGAAUAUGGUACCUGACGUUGAUACUCGAACUCAAUCUCCUCUGAAAAUGUUCUUUGAUGAAGAUUCUGACUAUAGACCUUCAAGUAGUUUUCAACCUGAAUCUGAAUCUGAAUCUGAAUCUAAAUCUAAAUCUAAACCUAAACCUAAACCUAAAUCUAAAUCUGAAUCUGAAUCUGAAUCUGAAUCUGAAUCUAAAUUUGAAUUACGACAUGGACCUCCUAUUAGGUAUAAGCCUAUGAAAUUCACUGAGCCAGGACCUCUAUCUCAACCUUAUUUUCAAUAUCCACUUAAAUGUCAACUUGAACAUAAAUAUCCAUCUUACUUUCAAUAUCCACCUGAAUUUCAAUAUCCACCUAAAUGUCAACUUGAAUAUAAAUAUCCAACUCAAUUUCAAUAUCCACCUCAAUCUCAAUAUCCACCUAAAUGUCAAGUUAGACAUAAAUAUCCAACUCAUACUCGAUAUCCACAUAAAUAUCAACAUAAAUAUCUAACUCUAUUUCAAAAUCCACCUCAAUGUGAAGCUCUGUAUAAAUAUCCACCUCAAUAUGAAAUUCUGUAUAAAUAUUCAUCUCAAUGUCAACCUAUACAUAAAUAUCCAUCUCAACCUCAACCUCAACCUCAACCUCAACCUCAACAUCCAUAUCAUCCAGCUCAAUCUCAACCUAAAACUCAACCUCAACUUCAACCUCAACCUCAACCUCAACCUCAACCUCAACCUCAACCUCAACCUCAACCUCAACCUCAAUUUUACCGUCUAGGUGGACCUCUAUAUCCACAUGUACCUCGAACUCUAGCUAACCCUCUAUAUCCAUAUUUACAUCGACCUCUAACUAACCCUCUAUAUCCACAUGUACCUCGACCUCUAACUAACCCUCUAUAUCCAGUACCUGAACUGGAACCUCUACCUGAACUUGGACCUCUACCUGAACUUGAACCUCUACCUGAACUUGAACCUCUACCUGAACUUGAACCUCUACCUGAACUUGAACCUCUACCUGAACUUGAACCUCUACCUGAACUUGAACCUCUACCUGAACUUGAACCUCUACCUGAACUUGGACCUCUACCUGAACUUGAACCUCUACCUGAACUUGAACCUCUACCUGAACUUGAACCUCUACCUGAACUUAAAUUUCUAUAUGAACUUAAACCUCUAUCUAAACUUCAACCUCUACCUAAACUUCAACCUCUACCUCUAUUUCAACCUCUACCUCUAUUUCUAUCUCUACCUGUACCUCAACCUCAACCUCAACCUCAACCUCAACCUCCACCUCAACCUUGACCUAUAUAUCCAUAUCAUCCACCUCAACCUCGACCUCUAUAUCCAUAUCCACUUCAACCUCAACCUCAUCCUCAACCUCCAUCUCAAUAUCCAUCUCCAUAUCAACAUCCAUCCAGAUAUCAACCUCAACCUCAACCUCAACCUCAACCUCAACCUCAACCUCAACCUCAACCUCAACCACAACCUCAACCUCAGUAUCCAUUUCCACCUUCAUCUGAUUAUGCAUCUACACAUCAACCUGUACGUCCAAGUAAUUUUCCUCCUUCUAUGCCGUCUGAUCCUCCGAGGUACAGUGAGUUUCCACGAGGGACACCUAUGGAAAGACCAGAUUCAGUACCACAAGAUCCACCAGUGGGUAUUCCAGAAAGGUCCAAAAAGGUUCAAGAAGAUCCUCCUGAAAAAAUGGAAGCGCCUAAAGGCAGUAGUGGAGAAGAUGCAGGAGGAAGUCAGUUAGGAAGAGGAGCUAUGCGAGGCAGACGUGUGUUAGCCUCAGAAUUAGUUACAAGACCAGAACAUUUAGUUAGCAAAAAAGGGGUAUCUGGAAGUGAAAUAUCGAUGCAGACGAAUUAUUUUAAGUUGGUGACAACAACUGAUUGGAGUUUAUACCAAUACAGAGUUGAUUUUAUUCCAGAGGAAGAUCGAACUGCUAUCCGCAAAGGGUUGCUCAAAUCUCAUAAAGAUACUUUAGGACCAUAUGUUUUCGAUGGAACUAUUCUAUAUAGCAAUAAACGUGUGGAACAACUGGAGAUUUGGUCUAAACGAAUGUCGGAUGGAACCAAUAUUAAAAUUCUUAUACGUCUUACUGGAGAUAUGCAGAAGGGCGACCACGGUUAUCUUCAAUUCUUUAAUAUAAUUAUGCGAAGAUGCCUAGAACUAUUGAAACUCCAGGUUGUGGGGCGCGAUUACUAUGACGCAAAUAACAAAAUAGAUGUACAGGGUCAUAGAAUGGAACUUUGGCCCGGCUAUCUCACGUCUAUAAGACAACACGAAAACGGUAUUCUUAUGUGUACUGAGAUUAUACAUAAAGUUAUGCGUCAGCAAACUGUACUAGAUAUAUUAAACGAGUGUUUCCAAAGAAACAAUGAUAAAUAUAAGAAAGAAUUUGAAAGCCUAGUUCUUGGUUUAGUCGUACUUACUGAUUACAAUAACCACACAUAUCGUAUAUCGGAUAUAGAUUAUAAUGUAGGUCCUGAUUCAACAUUUGUGCUGAAAAACGGUGAUAGUAUAACGUAUAAAGAUUAUUACAAAAAUAAAUAUCGAAUUACGAUUCGUGAAAACCGUCAACCACUGCUUGUAACAAGAUCAAGACCAAAAGACCGUCGCACUGGCUAUUAUGAAUUAAUAUAUCUUGUUCCUGAACUAUGCCGUGCAACAGGUUUAACCGAUAAGAUGAGAGAAAAUUUCAAUUUAAUGCGUUCAUUGGCAGAAUUUACACGCUUACAGCCAGAUUCACGUAUGAAAAAAUUAAUGGAAUUCAAUAGUAGACUUCUCUCGGAACCGGCAAUCAUAACCGAGUUAGAUCAAUGGAAUUUGAAACUUUCUGACCAGUUGCUUGAUGUACCGGCGCGUGUUUUGGAGUCAGAAUUAAUUUUUCUAGGUAAUCAGUUCGCAGUUUCCGCGGGUAAAGGAGCAGAUUGGACAAGAUACUUACAUACUAGAGAAUUAUACAGUCCAAAGGAUUUAAAGCUUUGGGUGGCAGUCUACGGGACUAGAGUAAAGAACCAAGUUCAAAAUCUGGUUCAUAUGAUUAAAAGUGCUGCUUCGGCAAUGGGUUCUACUAUAAGUCACCCAAAGUAUUUCGAAAUAAUUGAUGAUCGCGCUAAUGCUUACGCCCAGUUUCUGGAACGUAUUCUGUCUAAAAUUAAUCCAGAGUUAGUCCUCUGUGUUGUACCGAAUAACAGAAGCGACCGCUAUAGCGCUAUUAAGAAAAAGUGUAUUGUGGAUCGACAUACUCCCUCGCAAGUAUUCCUUGAAAAGAAUCUUAUGAACAAGAAUGUAAAAACGAUAGCUACGAAAGUAGCUAUUCAAAUGAAUUGCAAAUUGGGUGGUUCUCCUUGGUCCAUUGACGUGCCAAAUAUCGAUCUGAUGGUGGUCGGUUUUGACGUAUGUCACGAUACUAGUAACAAAGCUCGUGAUUAUGGUGCGUUGGUGGCUUCGUUAAAUAGAGGUUUGACACGGUAUUAUAGCGUGGCAAGUGCUCAUAGUGUAGGCCAAGAACUUUCAAAUAAGUUCGCGACACAUCUCGAUAGCGCGUUGAAGGCUUAUAGAAGAGUGAAUUUGAAAUUCCCAUCGUUUAUUGUGUUUUAUCGUGAUGGCGUUGGCGAGGGCCAAGUGCCGUACGUAUUGGCUCACGAAGUAGCACAAAUACAAGACAAAUUAAAAGCUAUAUACGAUGAAACGGGUAUAUCCGUGAAAUUUGCCUUCCUGAUAGUGACGAAACGAAUUAAUACUCGAAUCUUUAACGACAAGAAAAAUCCACCCCCGGGUACAGUCGUUGAUGAUAUUGUAACUAAUCCGAUAAGAUAUGACUUUUUCAUUGUAUCUCAAAGUGUGCGACAAGGUACGGUGACACCGUGUGCAUACCAUGUGAUUGCAGACACCACAGGUUGGUUACCUGAUCAAAUGCAAAGAUUGACAUAUAAGUUAUGUCAUAUGUAUUAUAAUUGGUCUGGUACAGUAAGGGUACCUGCACCUUGUCAAUAUGCUCACAAACUUGCCUUCUUGGUGGCUCAGUUCUUACGUAAUGAUCCUAGUCAUCACAUGGAAGAAAUAUUGUACUAUUUGUAAAUUUUUACUGGUAUACAUUAUUAUACCAUUCUCUCAAUGUACAAACUAAGAUACAUGGAUUACACUAUAAGACUUAUUGUAUACGUAAAGUAACUAUAGAAUUAUGUUUUUAAAAUCUCUGUGAUAGAUUAGUUAUUAUUUGGUUUUUCAAAGGUAUCUGAAGGUCCUCAAAUGAUAAUAGUUUAUGAUACAUGAAUAUAAUAUUGUUAAGUAAUAUUUUAUCAUUAUUUCAUAUUAAAUCUAAUUAGCAUUAGUUUCACAUUGAUUUGAUUAUGAAAUGAAAAGAUCUGAGAAACAAUAAAGAAAUAAUGUACUCCUGGUUUUGUGUUAUAUUACGCAGGGCAUUGAAACAUAAAAUACAAAAAAUAAUUACGUUUAUAAUUUUAUUUACUUACGUUGCUUGGGUUAUAUUUCAAAUCUACAGAUACAAAUAAAAGUUAAAUUAGGAAUAAAAUAACAUUACAUAUUUCAUACAUCAUAUAUGAUUAAGAUUUGCUAAGAAGUUAUGUUUUUUUUAUAUAAAUGGAAUUAUAUAUUUUCUAAGGAUGUAUUAUCAUUUGUCAUAUAAUGUCAUAUAAAUGUUAUAAUAGUCUUCACGGUAUAAUUACGUGUCCACGAAUUGGAUGGGCGAAUAGAAGUCUGAGGUAGAAUAAGGUCUGUUUCAGUCAGAGCUUUGAACUAUAUUUUUGUCUUGAUUCAGUGUAAUUAAGAAAACUUAUAAUGUUACCAAUCGACACGGUGCUUUGUAUUGUGGAGGCUAUAAUAUACAUAAUGGUAUUAUGUAAAGCUAUUUUUAUACAAAAAAUAAAGAAGGUACAUUUUUUGUUUCUA